AUGAUGAAUUCCCAAGCACAGCCACCUUCCACUUCCUGCCACGCCUGGCACAGAAACACCUCCACACCCACUGUCUUUGCCCCGCUGUGGAGCUCCAUGAGGAGAGAGAUAGGCACCUACGAGUUUGUAAAAGCCUCAUUUAAGGCCAAAACACUCUGUGUUUCUCUGUUUCUUUAUGGUUGGAUAUGUGAGGAGCGCUGCAGGCCCUGUGGCCUCCUCCUGCAGAGGCCUGAGCUGCAGUCAGUGAUCCGCAGAUAUGCAGUGCACCUGUCGUCGUCCUGCGGUGAGAGCGAGCGCAUUAGAGGGAUUAUACAGGUGGUGGUCAGUGGGGGGCGCCCUGCAGCAGAGACACCGCAGCAUGGUGCUUCAGAGUAG